UAACUUGUGCCCCUUGUGGUUCUUUCCCUCUAAAGUCUAAACCAAGCGCCGUCCGCAGCUUUUACUCUUCUUGGAAACCCGGUAACAAUGGCGGCUUCUUUGUCAUCACCACCACCGUGCUCAACUCCACUCCUUACCCAGAAACCAUGUUUCGGAGUCGAUUUGGGACGUGGGUUCUUGAAAAGUUUCGACCUUGGCCAUCAGAGGCCACUAAAGUUGAGGUCUUUGGAGUCGUCUAAGGAGCUGGUGGUCUCUGCUAGCAGCAACAAUGCUGUGUCUGUCACUGACCCUGCGCCUUCAUUGACUCGCUCUAAGGUGAAACGCCAUACGAUUUCAGUGUUCGUUGGUGAUGAGAGUGGAAUUAUAAACCGAAUAGCAGGGGUUUUUGCCAGGAGGGGUUACAAUAUUGAGUCCCUUGCUGUUGGCUUGAACAAGGACAGGGCUCUCUUUACCAUAGUUGUCUCAGGCACUGAAAAUGUUUUGCGGCAAGUUGUUGAACAGCUCAACAAGUUGGUGAAUGUGAUAAAGGUUGAAGAUAUCUCAAGGGAGCCACAAGUAGAACGUGAAUUGAUGCUUAUCAAACUUAAUGCAGAUCCAAGCAACCGUGCAGAGAUCAUAUGGUUAGUGGACAUCUUCAGAGCGAAAAUUGUGGACAUUUCUGAACAUUCACUGACAAUUGAGGUUACUGGUGACCCUGGGAAAAUGGUUGCUGUUCAAAGAAACUUGAUUAAAUUUGGAAUCAAAGAACUUGCAAGAACUGGAAAGAUUGCUCUGAGACGAGAAAAGAUGGGUGAGACAGCUCCUUUUUGGAGAUUUUCUGCAGCUUCUUAUCCUGAUCUUGAAAGGACAAUGUCUGAUGAUGAAGUUGCAGUGAAACCAAAACAUUCAGCCAAUGGUGCUGCUAGUAUUGCCUCACAGGGUGAUGUUUAUCCUGUGGAGCCCUAUGAUGACUUUCCUUCAAAUCAAGUACUAGAUGCUCAUUGGGGUGUUCUCUAUGAUGAAGAUUCAAGUGGUGUUCAAUCACACACUUUGUGUAUGCUUGUGAAUGACGUACCUGGAGUCCUGAACAUAGUUACAGGAGUCAUAUCUCGAAGAGGUUAUAACAUUCAGAGUCUAGCUGUGGGGCCUUCUGAGAAGGAAGGGCUUUCUCGCAUUACAACUGUUGUUCCUGGUACUGAUGACUCAAUUACCAAGCUGGUCCAGCAACUUCGCAAGUUAAUAGAUCUUCAUGAGGUUCGGGAUAUUACACACUCACCAUUUGCUGAGCGAGAGUUGAUGUUAAUAAAGAUUGCUGUAAACACUACUGCUAGAAGGGAUGUUCUUGAUAUUGCUGGCAUUUUCCGUGCUAAAGCCGUUGAUGUUUCUGAUCACACAAUUACUCUUGAGCUUACCGGCGAUUUGAAUAAAAUGGUUGCACUGCAGAAGUUACUAGAGCCCUAUGGGCUUUGCGAGAUUGCACGGACUGGGAGAGUGGCAUUGGAGCGGGGCUCUGGUGUGGAUUCCACUUCUCUCCGUGGAUAUCCCCUUCCAUUAUAAUGCAGGGGUUUCCCACUGGAUUUUUAUAUGGCUGACCACGUAAAGUCUCAUGGAAGAGUGUUCAACACGCAUUCAGAAGAAAAUCCGAAUACUUAUAUGUUGCAUUGCAUUGUUCUUCUUGUACGAGUAGGAGCCAACCGUCUUCGUUCGGACCUUGAUCAACCUAGUAUGUAGGAGUAGCAAGUACUUGGCCAUCAGGCAGACCCAUGCAGGUUAAAGUUAAGGCAAGGCUGUGUGUCUAACCCUAGUGUUCAAGACUUUCGUUAAUGAAUUAUGUACUAUAACAACCAUAUAUAUAUGUGAAAUUGUAUCUUCUCAUAACCUCUACUAAUCAAAUAAUAUUGUUGUAGUCAUUCUAGA